ACAAGUUCGAACCCCGACUCGAGGUGGGAUCACCUGCGCUUCUCAAGCAGGAGGUCGGAAAGCUCCGAGUCGCCAGGAACGCAGCAUUAGGACCAGCAUGCACCACGCGGAGCGGUGAUAACGCGACUACACGAAGAACAAAGACUGUCGCAAACUGUCCAGCUGAGAGAAGACAUGGACCCGAUCCAGGUCAAACAGGAGGACCAGACCCGGGUCAAAGAGGAGCAACAGGACCCGGGCUUCAUGGACCAGACCCGGGUCAAAGAGGAGCAACAGGACCCGGGCUUCAUGGACCAGACCCGGGUCAAAGAGGAGCAACAGGACCCGGGCUUCAUGGACCAGACCCGGGUCAAAGAGGAGCAACAGGACCCGGGCUUCAUGGACCAGACCCGGGCCAAAGAGGAGCAACAGGACCCGGGCUUCAUGGACCAGACCCGGGUCAAAGAGGAGCAACAGGACCCGGGCUUCAUGGACCAGACCCGGGCCAAAGAGGAGCAACAGGACCCGGGCUUCAUGGACCAGACCCGGGCCAAAGAGGAGCAACAGGGCCCGGGCUUCAUGGACCAGACCCGGGCCAAAGAGGAGCAACAGGACCCGGGCUUCAUGGACCAGACCCGGGCCAAAGAGGAGCAACAGGACCCGGGCUUCAUGGACCAGACCCGGGCCAAAGAGGAGCAACAGGACCCGGGCUUCAUGGACCAGACCCGGGUCAAAGAGGAGGACCUGACCCGGGUCAAAGAGGAGCAACAGGACCCGGGCUUCAUGGACCAGACCUGGGUCAAAGAGGAGGACCAGGACCCGAGCUUCAUGGACCAGACCCAGGUCAAAGAGGAGGACCAGGACCCGGGCUUCAUGGACCAGACCCGGGUCAAAGAGGAGGACCAGGACCCUGGCUUCAUGGACCAGACCCGGGUCAAAGAGCAGCACCAGGACCCGGGCUUCAUGGCCCAGACGUGGGUCAAAGAGCAAGACCAGACCCGGAUCAAAGAGCAGCACCAGGACCCGGUCUCCAUGGCCCAGACCCGGGACAAAGACGAGGACCCGGAUCGGGCCGCUGGUCUUCAGAAACGUAGACGCACCAGCCACCGGAGCAUCAAGCAGAAGAAAGCGUUCAGCUGUGACGAAUGUGGCAACACGUUCACGACUGCAGCGAAUCUAAGGAUCCAUCGACACGUCCACGGCCAGAAGAAGAGGUUCAGCUGUGACCACUGUGGGAAGAGGUUCACCACCUCCAGCAGUUUGCAGAUUCACCAGCACAUCCACACUGGAGACAAGCCGCACGCCUGCGACCAGUGUGGGAAGAGCUUCUCUCGCGCUUAUCGACUCAAACGACACCAGCACAUCCACACUGGGGAGAAACCACACAACUGUGACCAGUGUGGGAAGUCGUUCAUCGAGCUCAGCUACCUGAAGGAGCACCAGCUCAGCCACAGUGGAGAGAGAGCGUUCAGCUGUGACCAGUGUGGGGCGGCCUUCAGCACCUCGCGCUACCUGAAGCUCCACCAACGCUACCACGCCGGAGAGAAGCCGUUCAUCUGCGACCUGUGUGGGAACGCCUACCCUCAGAUGAGCAGUUUGACCAACCACCGCCGCGUGCACACCGGAGAGAAGCCGUACGCCUGUAACCAGUGCGGCGCUCUGUUCGCUCGGCUGGGAACGCUGAAGAGUCACCGGCGGGUUCACGCUGCGGAGAAUCACCACGACUGACGAGUGGGAACGUUUACAGCAACUGAACAAUCUGAAAACACGUGUUCACACAUCAUGAGACAUCUCAUCUUCACAAUCAGGAACUGGAACAGAUUGAAUCAACAACUAGAACCUUCACGUUUCAGUGAAGAACCCGAAGAUUCUCCUGCUUUUAUUUAGGAGCUUGUGAACUCUUGUUUUGAAAUAGAUGAACUUUUCAGAUUGUCAAUGUUAGAAUAUAUUUUUAAUAAAAACUUUAUUCAGUAAAAUUUCAAAUAAUUCACUGUCUUUAUUUUUGAUCAUUUAUGGGUAAACAUAAAUAAAUAUAAUUACGUUUUACAAGUGUAAUUAUAAACAGCGACGUCAGUGAGAGUGGAGCUUAUUGGUCCUUCAGUGAGUCUGCUGCCUCCUGCUGGCAGCUGCUUGUCACUGCGUCCUCUGUCACAGCUCAGACUGUUCCUAAUGAAGUGAUCAAUAAAUCAAACUGUGUAAACACAGCUUAUUGAUCAAUAACAAAGUUCCAGCUCAGAUGUAUUAUGAUAAUUGAGUCAGUUUUUUUCCUGAUUACAUAUUCAGAUGUAUCUUCUCAAGUCGGAGGAAAGUUCAGAGAAGUUGUUGCUGUUGAAACGGUGUCUGUAUCAGCAGGCUUUUAUUUUGAAAUAGAUAUGGCAAACAACUGAUCAAUCAUUUGAUCAAUAUUCUACGAUUUUUGUAAAUAAUUGUACUAAUAUAACCUUUAUAUACUCUU